AAUAUUAGAGGGUCUUGCUUCGGUUAACUAGGAACCCAUUCACCGAUGUUUGUUUUGAAGCGAUGAGUGGUAUGCCUGCUGAGAGCAAGCCCUCAGUAAACAUGGAUGAAAAAGACGUUACCUCCUUCAGCAACAAGGAAAAGGAGAAGGACAGAGAGGCCGAAAGGAAGCUGGCAUCUGCUCGAGACAAAGCCAAAGAGGAGGCGAAAGCAAGCAGCAAAAAGGAUGCCGGCAAGGAAGAGAAGAGAAAGCGCUUAGAGGAGGAAAAAAAGAAGAAAGAGGAAAAGGAGCGAAAGAAGAAAGAGGAGGAAAAGCAGAAAGCGGAGGAGGAUCAGAAGAAAAAAGAGGAGGAGGAGAAGAAGCAGCAGGAGGAGCUGCAGAGGAAGCUUCAAGAGGAUGAGGCCAAACGACAGCGUGAGGAGGAGGCAGCGCUCCUCAAAGAAAAGGAGGAGGGACAUCAGUUGCACCAGGAGGCCUGGGAACGCCAUCAUGGCAGGAAGGAACUCCGCAGCAAGAACCAGAACGCCCAUGAGAGCCGGCCUGAGGAGGCCUUCUUCAGCCGGUUGGACUCCAGCCUUAAGAAGAACACCGCCUUUGUCAAGAAGCUUCGCACGCUGACUGAACAGCAGCGGGAUGCGCUCUCUAAUGACUUUGCCUCCCUCAAUCUCAGCAAGUACAUUGGUGAGGCAGUAAGCUCCCUGGUGGAGGCCAAGCUGAAGAUCUCUGACGCUGGCUGUGCGGUGCACCUGUGCUCCCUCUUCCACCAGCGCUACGCAGAGUUUGCUCCGUUACUGCUGCAGGCGUGGAAGAAGCACUUUGAAGCCAGGAAGGAGGACAAGGCACCUAACGUGAGCAAGCUGCGCACUGACCUGCGGUUUAUCGCCGAGCUCACCAUUGUUGGCCUCUUCACCGAUAAGGAAGGCCUCUCGCUGAUUUACGAGCAGCUGAAGAACAUCAUCGGGACGGACCGAGAGACGCACACCCACGUGUCUGUGGUGAUUAGCUUCUGCAAGCACUGUGGGGACGACAUUGCCGGUCUGAUACCCCGCAAGGUAAAGCUGGCAGCGGAGAAGUUCUGCUUGACUUUCCCUCCAAGCGAGAUCAUCAGCACAGAGAAACAGCAGCCCUUCCAGAACCUCCUGCGAGAGUACUUCACAUCCCUAACCAAGCAUCUGAAGAAAGACCACCGUGAGCUGCAGAACAUCGAGAGGCAGAACCGUCGGAUCCUCCACUCCAAAGGCGAGCUCAGCGAGGACAGGCACAAGCAGUAUGAGGAGUUCGCCACAUCAUACCAGAAGUUGCUGGCCAACACUCAGUCUCUGGCUGACCUGCUGGAUGAAAAUAUGCCGGAGCUGCCGCAGAACAAGACCGUGCAGGAAGAGCAUGGUCCCGGCAUCGACAUCUUCACCCCUGGCAAACCUGGGGAGUACGAACUCGAGGGGGGGAUCUGGGAGGACGAAGACGCUCGCAACUUCUACGAGAACAUGAUCGACCUGAAGGCUUUCAUUCCUGCCAUCCUCUUCAAAGACAACGAGAAGAGCAGCCUGAGCAAAGACAAGGAGGACACCAAAGAUGGCAGAGAAGGAAAAGAUGUGAGUACCACAGAAGAUCUGGAGCUAGAACUUGAAGCUCUGGACAUCGCAGAUGAGCCUCUUGAGCUGGAGGGUGGAGACGAGGUGGAGAAUGAGGAACUGGCCAAAAAGUUGCUGGACGAGCAAGAACAAGAGGAUGAGGAGGCCAACACAGGGUCCCACCUGAAGCUGAUCGUGGACGCGUUCAUCCAGCAGCUUCCUAACUGUGUCAACAGAGACCUCAUAGACAAGGCUGCCAUGGACUUCUGCAUGAACAUGAACACCAAAUCCAACAGGAGGAAACUAGUCCGAGCCCUGUUCACUGUCCCCAGGCAGAGGUUGGAUCUUCUGCCUUUCUACUCACGCCUGGUGGCAACUCUGCAUCCCUGCAUGUCGGACGUGGCCGAGGAUCUCUGCUCCAUGCUGAAGGGAGACUUCAGGUUCCAUAUCCGUAAGAAAGACCAGAUCAACAUCGAGACAAAAAACAAAACGGUGCGAUUCAUCGGGGAGCUUUCCAAGUUCAAGAUGUUCUCAAAGACCGACACUCUUCACUGUCUGAAGAUGCUGCUGUCUGAUUUCACUCAUCACCAAAUCGAGAUGGCCUGCACUCUGCUGGAGACCUGCGGCCGCUUCCUGUUCAGGUCGCCGGAUUCUAACCUGCGGACCAGCGUCCUGCUGGAACAAAUGAUGCGUAAAAAGCAGGCGCAACACCUGGACGCCCGCUACGUGACCAUGGUGGAGAACGCCUACUACUACUGCAACCCACCACCCAUUGAGAAGGCCGUGAAGAAGAAGAGGCCGCCGCUGCACGAGUACAUCCGCAAGCUGCUCUACAAGGACCUGUCCAAAGUCACCACAGAGAAAGUGCUGAGGCAGAUGCGCAAGCUGCCGUGGCAGGACCCCGAGGUCAAGGGCUACCUGAUCUGCUGCAUGAUCAACAUCUGGAACGUCAAGUACAACAGCAUCCACUGUGUGGCCAACCUGCUGGCCGGCCUGGUGGCCUACCAGGAGGACGUGGGUAUCCAUGUGGUGGACGGAGUCUUGGAGGACAUCCGGCUUGGCAUGGAGGUCAACCAGCCCAAGUUCAACCAGCGGCGCAUCAGCAGCGCCAAGUUCCUGGGCGAGCUCUACAACUACCGAAUGGUGGAGUCUGCAGUCGUCUUCCGCGCUCUCUUCUCCUUCAUCUCUUUCGGGGUGAACCAGGAUGGCAGCCCCAGUCCUCUGGACCCCCCAGAGCACCUGUUUCGCAUCCGUCUGGUCUGCACCCUGCUCGAUACCUGCGGUCAGUACUUUGAUCGCGGCUCCAGCAAGAAGAAGCUCGACUGUUUCCUCAUCUAUUUCCAGAGGUACAUUUGGUGGAAAAAAAGCGUGGAUGUUUGGACGAAGGACCACCCGUUCCCCAUCGACAUCGACUACAUGAUCAGCGACACCUUGGAGCUGCUCAGACCAAAAAUGAGGCUUAGCUGCUCCCUGGAUGAGGCCACCAAGCACGUCGCCGACCUGGAGAGGGAAGUGCUCGUCAAACUGGGCAUGGCCAUGGAGAAGGACGGUCGCUCCAGCGCCAUGAGCGAAGGGGAGCCUCUCGAUGAGGAAGACGAAGAUGAGGAUGACGAGGGAGCCGCUGACACCGAGGAGCAGUCAGGGAACGAGAGCGAGAUGAACGAACAGGAAGAGGAUGAAGGAUCUGAGAAUGAGGAAGAGGAGAGGGAGGAAGAGGAGGAGGAGAACACAGAUUAUCUGACCGACUCCAAUAAAGAGAACGAGACAGACGAGGAGAACAGUGAGGUCACCAUCCGUGGUGGUGGACUGAAACAUGUGGCCUGUGCUGAGGAUGAAGACUUCAUUCAGGCUCUGGAUAAGAUGAUGCUGGAGAACCUGCAGCAGCGUAGCGGCGAGGUGGUGAAGGUGCACCAGCUGGACGUGGCCAUUCCUCUGCAGCUGAAGAGUCAGCUGAAGAAGGGCGGAUCCGGACAGCAGUGCAUGGGAGAGGGAGACUCGGACAUCUCCGACACCAUGCAGUUCGUCAUGCUCACUCGCAAAGGAAACAAGCAGCAGUAUAAGAUCCUGAAUGUCCCCCUGUCGUCCCACCUGGCGGCGAACCACUUCAACCAGCAGCAGGCCGAGCAGGAGGAGCGCAUGAGGAUGAAGAAACUCACUCUGGACAUCAACGAGAGGCAGGAGCAGGAGGACUAUCAGGAGAUGAUGCAGUCCUUUGCCCAGCGUCCGGCUCCAGCCAACACCAACCGGGAGCGCCGGCCCCGCUACCAACACCCGAAAGGCGCUCCCAACGCCGACCUCAUCUUCAAAACUGGAGGAAGCAGAGAGAAAAGGGCGAGAUUUGAAAAGCAUGAUGUCCGAGGCAGGCAGAGGGAGAGAGACAGGGAAGCCAAGCAGCAGAGACAGCAGGAACCUGCUGUGGAAUAAGGCCUUAAACAGCCAAAGACCAACAUUUAGAAAGUUUUUAUAUUCACACAUUUGGUUUUUUGAGUUAAAAUA